CCCAGUCACCCGAAGCUUUUCGCUUUGAUUAUGCCAUUCAAGGAAGACGAAGGAGCCGGGUCUCACGAGCACUUGGUUCGCCUACCGAGCCUGAAUUCUUUGUUCCAAUGGAGACCGUUUCAAUUUCGCGCGAAUUCUUCGGAUCAAAAAAAGGGACACCAAACUACUCCAUAUACCAAAGAAAUGGCCCAUCGAUCAGUGUCUAUGCAAUAUUUGUCCGACACACAACCUCAGACUCCCCAUCUUAUCCACACACGCCGGGGCCGGUUAAAAGCUAACAUUAGUCUUCGCCUCAAAUCCUUCCUUCGAGGUUCGGAGCUACGAGUUAGAUCAGUGGAAUCUUUGCUUAAACAAAAGCAGCAGCAUACACAUCAGGAAACUGAGGCAUCCAACGUCGUGUUGGCUUCAACACCAGGCACACUGAGUUCACAGAAUUUGGCGGGUUCAGCGGAUUCAAGUGGAUGUGAUUCAUUUCAACAGCAUGAAAAUUCACGGUAUUAUCUCGGAGGGAAUCUACAUGCUGGUCGACCUACUGCCAUCCGUAAUUCCUGCUCAAGUUUUUGUGAUUUUUCACACCUCAGUCCAGGAACUUCUGGGAGCUUGUGGAAUUCACAACAGUUAUUCUCACCCCUGGAUAAGGACGCUGAAGAACAAGAGCAAGACUUUAUCAGAAAAGAGCCACCAGCUGGUGUGAAAAUUGUUGCAAAGCGUUUACUUGGCCAUGGAGCAAACGGGAUUUGCCACGAAGUUUCCAUUCAACCCUUAGGCCAUCUGGCUAAUCAGGGUUCAUCAGGACUCCCUGAGCGAGCUGCCUUAAAGGUGUGCGGUCUAUUCAUUUGUUUGACAUACUCUUCACUGUUUACGGCUCGUUGGCUUGCUCAUUGA